UGCUGGUGGCACUUCUGGCCUCCGAACGCUGGGGGGCGUUGUGAUCUGUGCGUGGACGCUUGGAACUUGGGCGUUCACUGCGCAAGCGCAUUCUAAGCUUUAUGCCGUCCCCACGUGUGGACCUUCUCGGCAACUUUUUCCAGAAAAAUGCCCAAAAUCAAGGCGGCCCGGGGGGUCGGGGGUCAAGAAAAAGAAAAACAUGCGCCCCUAGCCGAGCAGAUCCUGGCCGGAGAUGCUGUGCGGGCAGGGGCCCGGGAGAAGCGGCGAGGUCGCGGAACCGGAGAGGAGGAGGAAGAGUAUGUGGGGCCUCGGCUCAGCCGACGGAUUUUGCAGCAGGCGCGGCAGCAACAGGAGGAGCUCGAGACCGAGCAUGGGACUGGGAGCCGGCCCGCGACGACGCGGGAGCGCACCACGCGGCUCGGUCCAGGAGUGCCGCAGGAUGGAUCCGAUGAUGAGGACGAGGAGUGGCCCACCCUGGAGAAGGCUGCCACGAUGACAGGGGUGGGCCACCACGCAGAGGUGGUCGUGGACCCCGAGGAUGAGCGUGCCAUUGAGAUGUUCAUGAACAAGAACCCUCCUGCCAGGCGCACCCUGGCUGACAUCAUCAUGGAGAAGCUAACCGAGAAGCAGACAGAGGUUGAGACGGUCAUGUCAGAGGUGUCGGGCUUCCCUAUGCCCCAGCUGGACCCCCGGGUCCUGGAGGUCUAUAGAGGGGUCCGGGAGGUGUUAUCCAAGUACCGCAGUGGGAAACUGCCCAAAGCCUUUAAGAUCAUCCCUGCGCUCUCCAACUGGGAGCAGAUCCUGUACGUCACAGAGCCUGAGGCCUGGACCGCAGCCGCCAUGUACCAAGCCACCAGGAUUUUUGCCUCUAACCUGAAGGAACGCAUGGCCCAGCGCUUCUACAACCUUGUCCUGCUCCCACGGGUACGAGAUGACAUCGCCGAAUACAAAAGACUCAACUUCCACCUCUACAUGGCGCUCAAGAAGGCCCUAUUCAAGCCUGGAGCCUGGUUCAAAGGGAUCCUGAUCCCACUGUGCGAGUCAGGCACCUGUACCCUCCGGGAAGCCAUCAUUGUGGGUAGCAUUAUCACCAAGUGCUCCAUCCCCGUCCUGCACUCCAGCGCAGCCAUGCUGAAGAUUGCCGAGAUGGAGUACAGCGGCGCCAACAGCAUCUUCCUGCGGCUGCUGCUGGAUAAGAAGUACGCGCUGCCCUACCGGGUGCUGGACGCCCUGGUCUUCCACUUCCUGGGCUUCCGGACGGAGAAGCGUGAGCUGCCCGUGCUCUGGCAUCAGUGCCUCCUGACCUUGGUCCAGCGCUACAAGGCGGACUUGGCCGCAGAGCAGAAGGAGGCCCUCCUAGAGCUGCUACGGCUGCAGCCCCAUGCUCAGCUGUCCCCUGAAAUCAGGCGGGAGCUCCAGAGUGCGGUCCCCCGAGAUGUGGAAGAUGUUCCCGUUGCCAUGGAAUGAGGAAAAGGUCACCCUUCCUGGUCCGAGAGGCAUGGGAGGUCACCAGGACCCUUGUUGGUGACUCAAGAUGACACUGAGUCUUUAUGGCUGAAGACAGCCAGGGUGGUGACAGGCCACUGGGCUA